UCAAAUUCAAAGAUAGGAACAUAGCAUAAGAUAUUGGCAAACUGAUCAAACCAGUUGGAACGAAAAGAAAAAUGAUGGAAAGAAAGGUUUUGGUGCUACUCUCUUUUGUGGUCAUUGUUUUCAUCGUUGAAACAAGCAAUGGAAAAUCGGAGGCUACGAAAACGGGCAAACAUUUCGUGCUAGUCCAUGGGUCUUGCCAUGGAGCUUGGUCAUGGUACAAGCUGGUGGCCCUGAUAAAAUCAUCGGGCCACAAAGUGACAGCGCUGGACUUGGCCAGUUCGGGAGUCGAUCCGCGACGGGCAAAUGAGGUCCGAUUUAUGUCUGACUACUUUAGGCCGUUGAUGGAUUUCAUGGCUGGUCUUCGUCUUCGUGAAAAUGAAAGAGUGGUUAUGGUGGGCCAUAGCCUCGGGGGAUUGACGAUUUCGAAAGCGAUGGAGGAUUUCCCGUCCAUGAUUGAUGUGGCUAUUUUUCUCACUGCCUUGAUGCCUGGCCCCUCUCUCAACGUUUCCACCCUCUACCAAGAGUCGUUAAAAAUAACAGAUGAUCAAAUGGACAAUAAUUACAUAUAUGACAAUGGUCCAAACAACCCUCCAACAGCUUUCAUUUUCGGCCAAUCGUUCCUGGCAUCAAAGGUAUACCAGAGAAGCUCGUAUGAGGAUUUGGAACUUGCAAUCAUGUUAAUGAGACCAUUACCAUUGUUUAACGAUGAGAACAUGUCCAAAGAGCUAGUCUUGAGCGAAGACAAAUACGGGUCAGUUGAUCGAGUUUAUAUCAUAUCCGAGAAUGAUAAAGUGAUGAAUAAAGAUGUCGAACGAUGGAUGCUCAAGAACAAUCAACCUAAUCAUGUGGUUACAAUUAAGGGUUCAGAUCAUAUGGUCAUGAUGUCUAACUCAAUUAGUCUCUGGAGUCAUCUUCAAAACAUCACAAAGGAAUACAAUUGAUUAGAAAAAUUAACGCUUGUGAGAUUAAGUGAUCUUGGUAGACUCUGCAAUUUAAAUAUAUAUAUAUAUAUAAAUAUAUAUAUCUUAUUUUAUAUAAGAAGGAUUUAUAUUUAACCGAGGACAUUUGUCCUUUUGUA